AUGUCCGGCCCAUCAGACAAUGGCGCAGCGCCGCCUUCGCACCAGCUGGUGACCGAGGCCAACCGCGCUUUUUAUGCCGCCACCGCCAAGGAGUACGACAACCUGGGCAAGGGCGCCACCGUCCAGCUGGCGCAGGACAAUGCCGCCAGCAUCCUCGAACGCGUCCCUGGCAUCAAGGACGGCCAGACGGAGCUGCUUGACUUUGCCGCGGGCACCGGCCUGCUCUCUAUGCUGCUGGCACCUCGAGUCAAGUCUAUCUACGCCGUGGAUCUCUCCGAAGAUAUGGUCGGCGUGCUGCAGUCGAAGCUCGAUGCGCAGCCUGCCGACGCGCGGGUCGACAACAUCCACCCCAUCGCCGCCGACCUUCUCGCCUCGACUCCGCCGCAGCUCGAGGGCAAGCAGGUGGACGUGGUCACCUGCACAAUGGCCUUCCACCACUUCGCUGAUCCAGCCCGCGUCGCCUCGGUGCUGAGCGGAUUCCUCCGAAGCGGCGGAUACCUUGCCAUCGUCGACCUCAUCCAUCAGGACGAGCCAAUCAAGCUUGACGAGCCCGCGGAGCAUGGGCAAGCUGAAGGCCACGAGCACGGUCACGGGCACGAUCAUGGACACGGCCACGGACAUGAUCAACAGGCAGGCGCCAACAAGGACAACGUGAUCGCACACAAGCACGGCUUCAGCCGCCAGGACAUGCUAGGCUUCUUUGAGGCGGCCGGGCUCAAGCUCGUCGAGAUGGAGAAGUCGUCCCAGUUCAACUGGCGGGGACGCAUGUUUGACACUUUCCUCGCCGUCGCACAGAAGCCCUGA